AAGUAAAAUAAGUUGAUACUUACUUCAAUCCUACUUGGUAUUUUGGUAAAUUAGAACAAUGAGAAAAUUAUUCAUUCUCUUUUUAUAUCUGACGAUAGCACAAUGCGCAAGCGUAAAUAAAAGAGAUACUGACGAAGAAUAUGCAAAGAGCAAAGGAGAAGAAACAAAAAAAGUCGGAGAUAACAAAGAAAUAAAAGAUAAUCAGCCCGAGAUAGGAAAAGUAGAAGGAAACGAGCCAACAAAUAAAGAAAAUCCCAAAAUAAACUAUCAAGAACCAUUUCAAAACUUCUACUACUUGGUGCCGCUUGGAACAGAAAUAUUAUAUCCUGUAGAUACAAUGGAUAUGCCUAUUGUAUACUACUUUAAAUAAAAUAUUACAAAAAAUUUGAAUUAAUAAAUUUAUUAGAAUCA